AUGCUGCGCGUGGUGAGCUUUUGUGGAGCUCUUUGCAUUGCGACCUUCCUGCAGGGCUGUGAGGAGGUCAGCCAUCCAGCCUGCUCCAGCUACAGCAAAGGCACAGCUGGUGCAGUCACCGACACGACCUCCUGCGACACUGCUUGCGACAAGGGCGAGGGCAUCCAGACCACGAACUACGGUCCGCACGAGUUCAAGGGCACCUCGGGCUCUGGAAUGUGUGAGUGUGUUGUGAGCGACAGUGAGCGGCGCACGGCGUGUCAGGACCCUGGGUAUUCUGCCUGA